CAUCUCUAUAGGCUGGGCAAUGGAAUAGUAGAUGAUAUGGGGUCUGCUCCUGAUUGGUUUGGCAUAGAUUGCAUGGACUCGCACAUCCCGUCCGAGGACGAUAUUUUACUCAUCUUUAACGGUCAGACGGGGGGAAGGCUGCUGGAUGUGCCCGCGCCGCUGAGUUACCGUCUGCAGAGGCAGAAAUUCCUCAAGUUAAUCGCAACAGGCGUUGAAAUCCAGGUUGGAUACACCACGCUGUCACCCUGCACGCCGAUUGCAGCACAUGUUUGA